GCUGGCACUCUCUGCUUGCUUCCCCCCGAGCGGAGCUGCGGGGCCGGGCCGGGCCGGGGCGGACCCCGGGAUCCCGGACGCGGCCGCCCGGGCCCGCGGGCGGGGGGGUUGGCAGGGGACCCGCGUGGGCACCGCCGCCAUGGAGUUCAGGCAGGAGGAGUUUCGGAAGCUGGCGGGGCGCGCCCUGGGGAGGCUGCACCGGCUGCUGGAGAAGCGUCAGGAAGGCGCCGAGACUCUGGAGCUGAGCGCCGACGGGCGCCCGGUGACCACGCACGCGCGGGACCCGCCUGUGGUGGACUGCACCUGCUUUGGCCUCCCUCGGCGCUAUAUCAUUGCCAUCAUGAGUGGUCUGGGUUUCUGCAUCAGCUUCGGCAUCCGCUGCAACCUGGGCGUGGCCAUCGUGUCCAUGGUCAACAACAGCACGACCCACCGUGGGGGCCACGUGGUGGUGCAGGAAGCCCAGUUCAACUGGGACCCGGAGACUGUCGGCCUCAUACAUGGCUCCUUUUUCUGGGGCUACAUUGUCACUCAGAUUCCUGGAGGAUUUAUCUGCCAGAAAUUCGCAGCCAACAGGGUCUUUGGCUUCGCCAUUGUGGCCACCUCCACCCUAAACAUGUUGAUCCCCUCAGCAGCCCGUGUCCACUACGGCUGUGUCAUUUUCGUGAGGAUCCUGCAGGGACUGGUGGAGGGGGUCACAUACCCUGCGUGCCACGGCAUCUGGAGCAAAUGGGCCCCUCCCUUAGAACGGAGCCGGCUGGCGACCACAGCCUUUUGCGGUUCCUAUGCUGGGGCAGUGGUCGCCAUGCCCCUGGCUGGAGUCCUGGUGCAGUACUCAGGAUGGAGCUCUGUCUUCUAUGUCUAUGGCAGCUUUGGGAUCUUUUGGUACCUGUUCUGGUUGCUCGUCUCCUACGAGUCACCUGCACUGCACCCUAGCAUCUCAGAAGAGGAGCGCAAAUACAUCGAGGAUGCCAUCGGAGAGAGCGCCAAGCUCAUGAACCCUGUUACGAAGUUUAACACACCCUGGAGACGCUUCUUCACAUCCAUGCCAGUCUAUGCCAUCAUUGUGGCCAACUUUUGCCGAAGCUGGACCUUCUACCUGCUCCUCAUUUCCCAGCCUGCCUACUUUGAAGAAGUGUUCGGUUUUGAGAUCAGCAAGGUGGGCCUGGUAUCAGCACUGCCUCACCUGGUCAUGACCAUCAUCGUGCCCAUCGGAGGCCAGAUCGCCGACUUUCUGCGCAGUCGCCGCAUAAUGUCCACCACCAAUGUGCGAAAGUUGAUGAACUGUGGAGGAUUCGGGAUGGAAGCCACGCUGCUGUUGGUGGUAGGAUACUCACACUCCAAAGGUGUGGCCAUCUCCUUCCUCGUCCUGGCUGUGGGCUUCAGCGGCUUUGCCAUCUCUGGGUUCAACGUGAACCACUUGGACAUCGCCCCGCGAUAUGCCAGCAUCUUGAUGGGCAUCUCCAAUGGCGUGGGCACACUGUCUGGGAUGGUGUGUCCAAUCAUCGUGGGUGCAAUGACCAAGCACAAGACUCGGGAGGAGUGGCAGUACGUGUUCCUCAUCGCCUCCCUGGUGCACUACGGGGGUGUCAUCUUCUACGGGGUGUUUGCCUCGGGAGAGAAGCAGCCGUGGGCGGAGCCGGAGGAGACGAGCGAGGAGAAGUGUGGUUUCGUAGGCCAUGACCAGCUGGCUGGGAGUGACGAAAGUGACACAGAAGACGAGGCUGAGCCCCCGGGGGCCCCCCCUGCCCCUGCCUCCUACGGGGCCACACUCAGCACAGCUCAGCCUCCCAGGCCCCCGCCCCCCGUCCGGGACUACUGA